UGAAUUACUAUUGAUUGUACUAUCUAUUGCUAUCCAAUGGUUCAUCAAUUUCGACUUUGGAGUGUAGAGUGUGGCCGAUAUUUCAUUAAGCCUAAUAUUUUUUCUGAGCUGUGAGAUGGUGUUUUGUUUGUAAUAUAAUAUGUCAAAUAAACAAUAAAAAUGUCAGUUCAUUAUAAAUUCAAAUCAACUCUAGAUUAUGACACUGUAUCAUUUGAUGGAUUGCACAUUUCUGUUGCUGAUUUGAAAAAAGCUAUUUUUCAUCAAAAGCGCAUUGGAAAAAAUACUGACUUUGAUUUGCAAAUAACUAAUGCACAAACCAAGGAAGAUUAUACAGACGAUAAUACAUUAAUUGCAAAAAAUACUAGUCUUAUCGUUGCUCGCGUACCAUUAACAGUACAACAAAAACGAUCGUGGGAUCGUAAUGAAACACCGACUUUUGGUAACCCAAAAGAUGAAGUUAAUUUGGGGCGAGCUGUUGAUCUCACACGUCUUGAUGGUUCAGAAGAAGAUAAGAUUCGUGCCAUGAUGACACAAUCAACACAGGAUUAUGAUCCAUCAAAUUAUAUGAAAAUUCGUGGUGCGAAUCAAACUGGAGAUGUGCCUCCAAACUAUCGCUGCUAUAAAUGUCAUCAACCUGGACACUGGAUAAAAAAUUGUCCUCUAGGUAUAAAUCAGGAACCAAUUGAAAUUAAAAAAAGCACUGGAAUACCUAGAAGUUUUAUGGUUCCUGUUGAGGGGCCUUUAGUGCCAGGUGCUAUGAUGACACCUACAGGUCAUUAUGCAGUCCCAGCUAUAGAUCAUCAAGCUUACAAAGAGGGUAAAAAAGAGCGGCCACCAUUUUCGCAAGAUCCUGAACCAGUUGUUGAGAAGCCAGAAAUACCGGAAGAUUUAUUGUGUAACAUUUGCAAAGACCUUUUAACUGAUGCUGUUAUGAUUCCUUGCUGUGGAAACUCUUUCUGUGAUGAGUGUAUCCGAACAUUUCUGUUGGAGUCCGAAGAGCACGAAUGUCCAGAUUGUAACGAGAAAGACGUGUCACCCGAAACAUUGAUUCCGAACCGCUUCUUACGGAAUGCCGUGCUAAACUUCAAAAAUGAGACUGGAUAUGCAAAGAGGCAAUCGUACAGAUCUGCCAUUCAAAGAGCCAAGAAUGUGCAACAGGAAUCCUUGAGAUGUGAACAAUUUUCUGCUGUUCCAGCACCUCUUCAAAGUAGCGACUCACAAGGACAAAAUAUUACAAAUACGAGCAAAGAAUCGCAGCAUGUUGUAGAACAGCAAACAGCAAAUUUUGAUAAGUCGGCUCUGCAUUUUAGUAGUACUCAGCAGUCAACCAUUCAAAGCAGUCACUCUGAAUCAGCUUUAGACCUAGACCUACAGAGUAGUCAACUUAUAAAGGCACCAGCCGAAGAGGAGAAUGAAGUACCAUUACCUCCUGGAACAGAACCAUUAUUACCGAUCCCUGCCAUUGGUAGUUCACCAGAAAAAGAGCGUGAGUCAGAUCGACGUGAGCCUACUGAUUUAAUAGAAUCCAACAAAGACGAUUGCGAUGAGGGAUACAUGGAUGAGAGAAGACCCCGAGAACGUCGACGAAGCUUCAGCAGAGAUAAUCAUCGCGAUAGAAGUGCAGAAAGAGGGCGUAGAAUGGAAAACUUACGAACUGUGAGCCGCAGACGAUCUUUAUCACCUAGACAUUCUUCCCGUGCUGAAUAUCCUUCUCAUGCAUCGAUUUUACCGCAUUUAUUGGAUCAACCUUCCUCAAAGACCUAUCAAGGCCCACCACAGACUGAGAAUCACUAUGCCUCAAAUAUACAUUAUGAAUCUGGUAUUCGUAGAUCAACAGAAGAUCGACCAGGCACGCCAACGAUUGAUGAACCUCAUCUUCAUGGACCGCCUGCUACUACCGGGCAGCAGCCUUUACUGCCUUUUCCACCAGGUGAAGAUCGUGUUCCACCACCAAAUUAUAAUCAACCACCACCCAGCAUGGCUCCACACAAUGCUCCAUUGUUACCAGAUCCUUACAUGGGACAUCGAAUAGCUAUGUAUCCUCAUCAACAAGGCCCUCAUUAUGGUCCGCCGAGAUAUGAAAGGCCACCUUAUCAACACCAAGGUUACAGACCUUCUCAGCCCCCACGUACCUAUAAUGGCCCGCCGAGAUCACUUCGAGGAGUUCACCACUUGGGCUACAGAGGUCUUCAACCACCACCGCCGGGGUUAGGAAGAAAUAUUCAUAAUGGCAACCCACCUGGCAUAAUUGAUGAUCCACUGGAAGCGUUCGAGCGUAUGCUUCGUGAAAAAGAUGAACGUGAUCGAAGACUUGGAAAACAUCGACGGCGUACCAGGAGCCGUUCAAGAUCUCGAAGUUACACUAGAUCUAGAUCGAGAUCUUUCGGGCGUCGUUCACCUUUGCCGUCACGAAUGAGCAGAUCGAGAAGUCCACCGCCGAAACGACGGCUGCCAUCGAGAACGCCACCGUUACUUCGACCCCGAAGCCGCACGCCGAAAAGAAGAUCGAGAAGCGGUAGCUUCUCAAUCAGCAGAUCUAGAUCUUAUUCUCGCAGUCAGUCACCGAGAGGUUCCCUUUCUCGUGAUAGGGAGAGAGAUAGAGAUAGGGAUCGUGAUCGUGAUCGAGAUCGAGAUCGUGAUCGUGACCGUGAUCGCGAUUUACCGUCAAGGUAUAGAUCACCUGCUAGAUCGCCGUUAAGAUUUCAGAGGGAUCGGGAUCGCGAUCGAGAUCGGGAUCGUGGACGAUCACGAGAACCACGUGAGACUUAUGGCGGUUAUUACGGCUCGCCAGGACGGGAUUAUCAGUAUCGUGAACGCGACCCGGUGGCGCGAGAAAGAUGUCCGCCAAUGUCUCGAUAUCCGAUGAGGAAUCAAACUUCUCAACAUAAUAUACCACCGUUGUUACCGCAUCUUAGUGCUGGUGGCCAUCCUUCAUCGCAAUCGCAAACGCACUCACAAUCGCAGUCACAAGUGCAGCCUCAAUCGCAGUCCCAGCCGCCGCCUCCUCUUAUGUCGCUUGGACCAUCACCACUGGACAGGAAAGACUAUUAUGAUUCCUAUAACAGGUACCCUGGACCAUCUUCACAACGGUUCUGUAGUCCUCUGCGCGACAUUCCAAUCAAGCGAUUCGAUGAUGUCGCGCCACCAGGUACCGAAGGAUAUUAUGAUGUACCGCCGCCCGGUGUUGACCAUGAAAGAUCCAUGCGAGAGGAUCGUGAUAGAUUGAGACUUCUGAGGGAGCAUGAAGAUCGGGAUCAUGGACUGAAUAAAGAUCCAGAUCUUGACGAUCGAGAUCGAUUACCUUCGAGAGAUGACAGAUGUCGCGAUCGCGAUGAGCGAAUUAGGGAGAGAGAUGAUCGGGAUCGGCGUGUAGGUUCUGACCGAGAGAGAGACGAUCGUGAAAGAGGCCUCGGAGCAGGAAACUUAUUGAGAGAUCGCGAAGAAAGGGUCAGAGAGAAAGAUGAUCGGGAACGGAAGGAUAAAGAUAAAGAACGCGAUGAUAAGCAUGUACCACGAGACCGACGGGACGAGGAGCGUUCAGUCGAAAAAAGAGAUCAUGACAAGGAUCGCUACCGAGAUGAGAGAGAGCGCUACAGAUUGGAAGAUAAGGCACUACGAGCACGAGAGAGAGAAAGGAGGGAAAGGGAUCGUGAUCGGGAUAGAGAACGUGACCGCGAACGUGACCGGGAUCGGGAUAGAGAUCGAGAUCGAGAUUAUGAGCAAACAGAGAAGGAUCGUCAUGAGCGUUAUGAUAGUCAUUCAAUCGAUCGUAAAAGAUCCCGAAAAAGUUCAAGUCCAUUUCGACCAAAAUCGCGUGGUGAGCUAAAGGAUCAGUCUCCUGAUAAAAUAAAGAAACGUGACAAAGAUCACGAAGAAAAGGCAGACGAAAAGAAAAAAGAUAAAAAAAUCAAGGACAAGAAAAAGAAGAAAGACGGCGAUGAGAAAGAAAAGAAAAAGAAACGGAAGAAGGAGAAGCGUUCAGCGCAGAAGGAUGUUGUGAAGGAAGAACCACUAAAGUUAAACGACAGUGAGAAUAUGGCUAUAGACGACAAAGUACAACAGCAGGUGGAAUGCGCACCAUCCCCGGAGAAACCCAGAUAUAUCAGAACUAAUCAAGAUUUAAGUAGUAAAACGAUACAUGAAGAUCCUACCACUAUUACUAGAGUAUCCACUAUUAACGAAGAGUUUAAAGACAAAUCUUUGAUCAUGAACCCUGAACCACCCGAAUUUCAUGGCGACUCCGUCGACAACAAAGAAUAUAUUGAAUUAAAGCAACCUGAUUUUGCAUCGAAUCCGCCUAAUCCCAGUUUUAAGCCAAUUCCAGAACUGAAAACUGAUAAUAGACCAAAGCUUGAAUUACUCUAUAGUGGACUAGAAGAUGCUGAACUUAAUGCUAUCAUUCCUGCUAAUUAUUCGUUGUCCUCGGAUAUUGAAGUUGAGGAACGCGAGCGAGUAGUUUUAGAUGACAAAUCUCCGAAGAAAAACGAAUUCCUUGCACCAUUGCCUGAACUCUCCAAGUGGGAGAGGGAUGACAAUAUCGAAAAAGUGGACAGUAUUUCGGAAUCACCGACGGAGAUAGAAGCAAUAACGAAUGACGAUUCGAAAUCGACGAAAGUCGUGACCUCAGAAGUGCUCAAAAGAGCAGAGAACGCUAUUUUCCAAAAAGCAAUAAACGCGAUCAGGCCAAUCGAGAUCAAGAAGAUUAGCGAAAGCCGCAAGAUACUUUAUCAGAAUCCUGAGCCGAAAAUUACUGACGUUGAACUGAAUAGAGAUUCUAGAAAGAGCGUUAAUGUUACAAUAAACGUGGGCCGAAAUGAAAGAAAUGUAGAAAUAACAGAACCAACGAAGAAGGCGAAAUUAGAUCGAUCGAAAUUUAAACCAGUACCGGAAUCACAUUCACCAACAAGAUUGUCGGCCAAAGAACGAUUGGGCGACAAGGUAGAGGAAGACAAGGAGCGGAAAUCAAGUCCCGUGAAAGGAUUUCUAGAAAGACAUAGUGAUUCGAAAAACGAAAAUCCACCACGUAUUCGUGAAAGAAGAAUGUCACCGCUCAUGGAGAGACGUGUGGACCCACCUGCAGUGGUACCAUCGGUGAGUAACGUAGACCGCAAGGUUUUCCUAGAUGGUAGAGGAAAGCGCGAGAGAACUGAACGAAAUGAUAAAAACGACAGAAGUGACGCUCGACAUAGAGUUUUAAACCACGAGUCGAGAAACGAGAAGCAUGAUUCCCGAACUGAUGGCAAAUCUGUUUCAGAAUUUCGAUCAGGUAGAAAUGAUUCACGAAAUGAUCGCGAGCGCGAAAAAAAAACCGGUAGGACGCCCCCGAUCAUUAAUCAUAAGAGGGAAGAAUCCUCAAAAACGAGGUCUUUGUCUCUCAAGAGAAAUAAGGAAGAGGAUGAAGAUAAGAAGAAGGAUAAAAAAACUCGCGAGGAGAAAAAACGAAAGAAAGAGCACAGAAGUAGAAGCAAAUCAAAAGAUCGAAAGAAGCGGAAAGAAAAAAAGCACAAGAAGGAUAAGGAAAAGAGUCAGGACAAGAAACAGAAGCAGCACAAAGAUGGUGGAAGCGGCGUAUCGUCCAAAGGUAAAAUCGAAAAUUUUGAAGAGAAAAAGUCAAUCGCUUUUGAUAAUUCCGAAGUGUCUACGAAUCUUGUAACGGUAAUGGCAGCUCCACGAUCCAUUUCCGAGGAAAUUACGAAGAAGUUAAGAAAAAAUCCACGACUCGUGUCAGAUCGUAAACGCAGUGUGUUGGAUGAAGCCAGCUUCGAGCCGGAUUAUUCCGCGUCUGAAUCAGAAUCCGAAAUUGAAGACAGUAAAAUGGCAAUCUUACCCAUCAAAAAAUUAAAACUGGUGGAGGAGCGUAAUCCGGAAAAAGAAAUAGAUACAAAGCCUUUCAAAAAAAGAGUCAAAUUGAGUACUACUGAAGAUGACUCCAGCAGUUCAGAAACUUCAUCCUCAAAUUCAGACAGUUCUGACGAAUCGCACAAAAAGAAGAAAAAAAAACAUAAGAAACAUAAAAAGAGAAAGUCUAUGAAAAAAGAGAGCAGUUCGGACACUGAGAGUUAUUCUGAAUCAUCAGAUUCGAGUACAGAAGAGGAGAAACAUAAAAAAAAAACAAAGAAAUCUAAGAGUAAAAACAAACAAUCGAAGAAAAAGAAGAAGACUAAACACAAAUGAUGUUAUUAGACCGUUACAGAAAUAAUUCAUGAAAGUGAAAUUUUGAUCCGACAGGCUCAAUUUUAAAAUGCUGUAAUAUAAGAGCAAUCUUCUAUUUCCAACAGUCUUUUCAUCUUAUGUUGUUCCUUAUCACCUUCUUCCGGCAUAUUUAUCUCGUAUUUUAAAUUGUCGAUUAUUAUAUACUUGCACUACUAUGCUUGAUUGCCGAAUUCACUUAAAGCUCAUGUCUCACGGCCAUUCAAUUUGUGAUAGAUUAUUUAUUAUUAUAAUAUGCAACAUCUUAAUAAUUUUGCAAGUAACAUAUGGAAACUUACGAAAUGCUUCAAAACGUCUAUUCUACAUUGGGAGCAUAAAUUACGUCUCUGAAAGCGUAUUUAAACUACUCAAUGCAAAAUCAUUUUUGCAAACUUAAAAUGUCCUAUUCGCAUUUUUAUUUUAAUAUUACAGUAAUCUGGUAUAUAAUAUUUUGAACGAUGAUGGAGUUGCUGAAAUUAUUAUAAUUGAUCAUAUCUUUAAAUUAUAAUAAUGGGGCAACAUGUUCAACAAGUAUUGAACACAAUGUAGACUAUAUUGUAUGUUUAUGAUGUAAUUUGAAUAACAUGCAUACUUACAAAAUAAACAAGACGGAAAACUA